AUGAACGAUCUGUGGACCAUGGGGCUUGUGAUGGCAGGCUUGGUGUUCAUCUGGAUACCCAUGCACAUAUGGGCCCUGACCCUGCACUUCAAGGAGGACUACAACAGGGCAAACAUUCCAAUGCUUACGGCGAUCAAGUCAGAGUCGGCCUCGGCAAGAAUUAUUGCAGCGUCCACAGUCGUAAUGGUGCUGUUCAGCGUGGCCCCGUUCUUUCUGAGCCUGGGUGACGGGGAGCCGAUGAUGGGGCAGGUGUAUCUGUGGACCGCCGUUGCCUCUGGCGCGCUUAUGGUCGUACUGUCUGCGUGGGUGGUGCUCAAGCCGGUUGAGAGGGCAUCCUGGCUCCUGUUCAAGUUCUCCAGCCCGUAUCUGACGGUGCUGUUUAUUGCGCUGAUGGUGGAUUCGGCCCUCUAG